AUGUCUCACAUACAUCAAUCAGACUUGGAGAGAAUAUUUGUGGCACUGGACCUCAAUGGCGACGGUCGAGUUUGCAUUGGUGAACUAACAUGGUUCCUUGACAAGGUUGGUGUCCACAUAGGCCUAGACGAGCUUGAAGAGAUUGUAGGAGGAAGGAGCCUGGGCUUACAAGAAUUCAUACACCUCUACAAUCAGUCAAUAUCUAAGCCGGCCGAGGAGGACGAGGAGGAAGACACAGACUUGGUCGAGGCCUUCAAGGUGUUCGACCUGAAUAAUGACGGGUUCAUUUCCUGCGAGGAGCUGCAGAGCCUGCUGGCGAGGCUGGGGCUUUGGUCGGAGAGUUAUGGGGAUUGCAGGCAACUCAUUGGCAAGUUUGACACAAAUUUGGAUGGAAGGAUUGAUUUCGAGGAGUUCAAGAACAUGAUGCUCCUCUCCAUUUCAUGA